AGGACCGUUUCGACCCUGUCGCCCCCGGCUCCCCCCCGCCGCACCCCAGCCCCGAGCAUGGGGUCGGCGCUGGUCCAGCGCGGGGGCUGCUUUCUCCUCUGCCUGUCGCUGCUACUGCUGGGCUGCUGGGCCGAGCUGGGCAGCGGGCUGGAGUUCCCGGGUGCCGAGGGUCAGUGGACGCGCUUCCCCAAGUGGAACGCCUGCUGCGAGAGCGAGAUGAGCUUCCAGCUGAAGACGCGCAGCGCCCGCGGCCUCGUGCUCUACUUCGACGACGAGGGCUUCUGCGACUUCCUGGAGCUCAUCCUGACCCGCGGCGGGCGCCUGCAGCUCAGCUUCUCCAUCUUCUGCGCCGAGCCGGCCACGCUGCUGGCGGACACGCCGGUCAACGACGGGGCGUGGCACAGCGUGCGCAUCCGCCGCCAGUUCCGCAACACCACGCUCUACAUCGACCAGGCCGAGGCCAAGUGGGUGGAGGUCAAGUCCAAGCGCAGGGACAUGACGGUCUUCAGCGGGCUCUUCGUCGGGGGGCUGCCCCCCGAACUGCGAGCCGCGGCGCUCAAGCUCACCCUGGCCUCGGUGAGGGAGCGCGAGCCCUUCAAGGGCUGGAUCCGCGACGUCAGGGUCAACUCGUCGCAGGCGCUGCCCGUGGACAGCGGCGAGGUCAAGCUGGACGACGAGCCGCCCAACAGCGGCGGGGGGAGCCCGUGCGAGGCGGGCGACGAGGGCGAGGGCGGCGUGUGCCUCAACGGAGGCGUCUGCUCCGUGGUCGACGACCAGGCCGUGUGCGACUGCUCGAGGACCGGCUUCCGCGGCAAGGACUGCAGCCAAGGUCUGGCGCACCUGAUGAUGGGCGACCAAGGUAUGGGCUCUGCUCCUUUUCCACUCUGCUUUCAGUGUGUUCUUGUUCUGUAG